CGGACCCACAGCCAUGACACAGGACGGCUCCAAGCCCACCCCCCCAGCCCGCCACUGCUCCGGCCUGGCCCGGCGGGUACUGACCAUCGCCUUCGCGCUGCUCAUCCUGGGCCUCAUGACCUGGGCCUACGCCGCGGGCGUGCCGCUAGCCUCCGAUCGCUACGGCCUCCUGGCCUUCGGCCUCUACGGGGCCUUCCUGUCGGCGCACCUGGUGGCGCAGAGCCUCUUCGCGUACCUGGAGCACCGGCGGGUGGCGGCGGCGGCGCGGCGGGCGGCGGCGCGGGGGCCCCUGGACGCGGACACGGCGCGCAGCGUGGCGCUGACCAUCUCGGCGUACCAGGAGGACCCGGCCUACCUGCGCCAGUGCUUGGUGUCCGCCCGCGCCCUGCUCUACCCGCGCGCGCGACUGCGCGUCCUCAUGGUGGUGGACGGCAACCGCGCCGAGGACCUCUACAUGGUCGACAUGUUCCGCGAGGUCUUCGCCGACGAGGACCCUGCCACCUACGUGUGGGACGGCAACUACCACCAGCCCUGGGAACCCGCGGCGGCGGGUGCGGCGGGCGCCUACCGGGAGGUGGAGGCCGAGGACCCCGGGCGGCUGGCGGUGGAGGCGCUGGUGAGGACGCGCAGGUGCGUGUGCGUGGCGCAGCGCUGGGGCGGCAAGCGCGAGGUCAUGUACACCGCCUUCAAGGCGCUCGGCGACUCGGUGGACUACGUGCAGGUCUGUGACUCGGACACGAGGCUAGACCCCAUGGCACUGCUGGAGCUGGUGCGGGUGCUGGAUGAGGACCCCCGAGUGGGGGCUGUUGGGGGGGACGUGAGGAUCCUUAACCCCCUGGACUCCUGGGUCAGCUUCCUAAGCAGCCUGCGGUACUGGGUGGCCUUCAAUGUGGAGCGGGCUUGUCAGAGCUACUUCCACUGCGUGUCCUGCAUCAGUGGUCCCCUAGGCCUAUACAGGAACAACCUCCUGCAGCAGUUCCUGGAGGCCUGGUACAACCAGAAGUUCCUGGGCACCCACUGUACCUUCGGGGAUGACCGGCAUCUCACCAACCGCAUGCUCAGCAUGGGCUAUGCCACCAAGUACACCGCCCGCUCCCGCUGCUACUCGGAGACGCCCUCGUCCUUCCUGCGCUGGCUGAGCCAGCAGACGCGCUGGUCCAAGUCGUACUUCCGCGAGUGGCUAUACAACGCGCUGUGGUGGCACCGGCACCACGCGUGGAUGACUUACGAGGCGGUGGUCUCGGGCCUCUUCCCGUUCUUCGUGGCGGCCACCGUGCUGCGGCUCUUCUACGCCGGCCGCCCGUGGGCGCUGCUCUGGGUGCUGCUGUGCGUGCAGGGCGUGGCGCUGGCCAAGGCGGCCUUCGCGGCCUGGCUGCGCGGCUGCGCGCGCAUGGUGCUGCUCUCGCUCUACGCGCCCCUCUACAUGUGCGGCCUCCUGCCCGCCAAGUUCCUGGCGCUGGCCACCAUGAACCAGAGCGGCUGGGGCACCUCGGGCCGCAGGAAGCUGGCCGCUAACUACGUCCCUCUGCUGCCCCUGGCGCUCUGGGCUCUGCUGCUGCUCGGCGGCUUGGUCCGCAGCGUGGCGCACGAGGCCACGGCCGACUGGAGCGGCCCUUCGCGGGCCGCCGAGGCCUUUCAUCUGGCCACCGGGGCGGGCGCCUAUGUGGGGUACUGGGCGGUCAUGCUCACGUUCUACUGGGUGGGCGUGCGGAGGCUCUGCCGGCGGCGGGCGGGGGGAUACCGCGUCCAGGUAUGAAUCAGGUGCGCGGGGCGCAGCCCAAGGCUGUUCAGGGAAGGCACGAGGAGACCUGACGGGGCCCCAGGGCCGUGAACUUGCUGGGGGAUUCUCCCUGUGGAAACAGGAGGGCCUGUUUCCCUCCUCUGUGAAGCGACGGGGUCGACCCAAGAUUCCGCAGCCUGGACUCUUUUGGGGCAGGGACUUGUGGGUCUCUGGGGAGGGGUAUUUAUUGAUCAGGGUGUAGAUUUUUAGGGGCAGGGGGGAAAGGAGUCCCUACAUGCUGUACUGGGGCCCCCUAUUUCUCCCUGUUCUUAUUUAAUCUGUAUUUGUACUGUGUGAUUAGGAUAUAAUAAAGAAUUUUAUUUAUUUUCUUC